GAAAAAAAACUCUUGUGUUUUUGUUUCCCCCUCUUAUUAUAUACGAAUAAUUUCAUACACGAUUUGGUGUAGCUUUUGGCUCUGGGUUUUCUUCUCCCCUCUGUGCGUCUCACCACACACACACACACAGUGGUUUUAUUAUUAUUAUUCCCCAGCACGUACACGUACACUCAUAAACUUCCCUCCAAACACACCACACCCUUGGGCACGUUCUCUUUUGUUGUUGUUGAGUCAGCAGGGCAGUUUUCCACCGCUGCCUCUCCAUCAAAUCCUUUUAGUUGUUGGUUCUUGCGUUGAGGGUAUUUCAGUGUCGCUGUCACGGCUGCGGCGCAACUUUGGCGCUCCUUCCCGCCUUCUUCCUUCCCUCUACUACUCCUCUCCUUCUGGGUCGUCCGUCAAAGAAUAAGGAGAGAAGAGAGAGCGAGAGAGAUAGAAGUAAUCGUCGACGAACGCGCGGUAAUGCUGCGUGGGUGGUGUUCAACAGCGCUUCGCCUUUUUAUUCGAAGCGCCGCAGACUCUCUUGGUUGAUUUUUCCUUUUCUUUUCUUCUGCGGCAAGGAGUCACGCCUGCCCGAGACAGACCGAAAGGAAAGGGAUCCGAGACGCAGUGCUCUGUCGUCGCGCCAUUAACGAACGAACGAAAGAAAAGGUGAUCUCCACCGUCAGCGCAGCGAAUCACUUCAUCAGCAGACUACUUGCAAUUCGCUGUCUGCUUGGGCCGUUUCUUCCUCUCUGCCGAACACUAGCAUCGCAAAGGAGGGUAGAACAAACUUCAUAAAGAAAAAGAGGAACGAAACGAUGUCGUCUGCAGCGAACAGGCCCACCAACGUGGACCGCGAGAUGUCGGCCCUCUCCCCCGCCCCUCCCACGACGUCUGCGGCCGCCGCCUCCAGCGAGCCGACGUCGAUCAUUCCGGCGAACAGCAAUCACGUGAAGAAGCGGCCACGCGGUGCGCUGAACAAGGUAGCCCGCACCAUCACAAAAGGUCCCCGCCUUCUCGGUCGUCGCAUCAAGCACUUCCUGAAAGAUGACCUGUACAUCGACGUGCGCUACCAAAAGGCACCGCCGAAGGUGGUGACGAAGGAGCUGGCGGUGCUGGAGGUGCUGUCGGUGUACCACCGCUGGCUGCGCGGCGUACAGGCCCUCCUCUCCAUCGCCGUCUUUAUCUUGUCGCUGCUUAGCGUGCCGAACUCGGCGGUGAUCGUGAACUGCACGAUUUUCGUCGUGUCUCAGGCAGCCUGCCUCGUCAUCUGCAAGACGUACCACGUCAAGGCCCAGUUUUCAGGCGUCACAAACGUCCUCUUUGAAGGACGCAACAUCUUCACCUCGCCGUACUUCCCGAACAUGGUGGCUGAGCUUAUCUUGUGGAACAUACAGACGCCGCCGUGGAUGUUCUGGGGGCAGCCGUUCUUUAACCUGCUCGACUACUUCAUCUUUCUCCGCAUGUACUCCAUCGUGGUUUACCUCAACAACGCGGCGUACGUCUAUCGCACCUUCUGCCGAACCAUGUCCGCCAUCAGCGACCUGCCGCUCUCCACCUCCUUCAUGAUCCGCACGGGUCUGCUGUACCACAAGGUGCACAUCUGCGCCACCGUGAUAGUGUGCACGUGGCUCUCCAUCGGCUGCCUGUACGCGCGUGCGGAGAGCGUGAACCUGGGCGAUGCCCUCUGGUUCUCCUUCCAGUCUCUCGCCACGCUGGGCUACGGUGACAUUACACCGUCGACCCUCUCCGGUCGUGCGGUGGCCUUCGUUGCGUGGCUGGCGAGCUACUUCCUCAUGGCCUACCUCAUCACCAUCCUCUACUCCCUCCUGCGGGCGUCGGAGCAGUCGCAGAACAUGCAGACGUUGAUGGAGUGUCACGAUCUGGCGCACAGCCUGCGCAGCAGGUCGGCUCGCGUGAUCCAGAUUGCGUGGAAGCUGCACCGCGUGCGCACGGCGAGCCUGGACCCGUCCCCGUGGAAGGAGAAGGCCCGGACGCUGCUGCUGUCGUGGCUUCUCACACACAUGAUCGCGGCGCUGCGUCGCACCCGGCAAAGCUUCAGCGACGCCCAGCGCUCCCUGCAGGAGACCACCGUGCACCCCCUCACCGGCCUCUCCGCCUUUCAGUACAACGCUUUUCUGCUCACGACGCACAGGGCGGCGCGGCAUCUGCAGCGGGUGAAGGAUGUGGACCGCGUCUACCUCGCCCUGCGUGACCGCGAUGUGCCGGCGUCGUCGCUGUCGCGGCGCGACAUCGAGUCCAUCAUCAUCCUGCCAGGAGACUCAUUAGAGGCAGAUGCAGCAUCGUCGUUUGCUGCGUUCGGCGGCGGCGGCGGCGGCGGCGGCGGUGCGCGCGCAGAGUCGGCGACUGUGAUCGCAGAGGUCGCGCAGUGGAAGGAUCGUGUGUCACAGUUAGAGCAGAAGUGUGUUCGGCUGUCGGAGGUGCUGGAUCGGAUGAGCGCCGUCGCGGAGACGCACCCGCCCAGCAUGGCCGUCUCUCAGCUGUAA